AUGGCCACCUCGACUGAGACUUCUUUAUUGACUGCAUUAGAGGCUAGACUUCUAGAUCUCGAAAAGCAGCAUGCGGAAUUGAACCAUAAAUACAGCUCCGUACUGGAGUCUAUGAACCAGGGCGAAAAGGGUAUAAUUGGUAGAUCAGACGGACCAAAGAAGCCCCUGAACAUUUCGAGCGACGGCAUGAGAGUUAAGGACGAAAAUGAAGAGGUCAGCAUUGAUUCUCGGGUUAAAAUUAUCAAGACCAUCAAAGACCCCGAGACAGGCGAGCGUGUCGAGCGCAAAGACGAAACACCGAACGCAAAGCCGGAGGACAAUCGUGGCUUCGCUUUCGUAUUGAGGAAAAUAGUACAUGACAAAUUCUCAGGCGAAGAAGACGUUUCCGAAAUUGACAUAGUCAAUUUAGGUCUGUGGAAGCUCCUAAGAGAACAUCUUGGCGAGUAUCCAGGCCAUACGUUCCGCGGAUCACCAGUCACCCUCUAUUCUCCUUAUGAGGCGUUGAUCUUCAAGUGGGACAUUCUAGAACAAGAGGCGGCCAAGGAUCUAGGGCCUGAAGGCCCACAAGAAAAGCAGGCCAGGGAAGAUCUACGAACUCUCCUGGACAUACUUUCGGGUGGUUCAUCUGGCGAUGCCAAACUAGACAAAUACUUCAAGAUCCGAGAAGGAUGCCGCCGUGACAAGACGGUUCAGUUUGACGACCUCUGGACAAUAUUCCCCCCUGGAACCCUGAUCUAUGGUAAGCCUUUCCAAGGGCAGGACCAGGUGUUUGUUGUUCAAGAAAACAGGGGGUCCUGGCCAGACCGUGGUGACCGCCCGCAACAACUGCUACCGUGGCAGCUCGUGUGUUGGUCGUAUGAUUGGAACGGCGAGAGGCUCCAGAGAACUGGCUUCACACUUCUCUUCGAGCCAUUUGACGGCCAUAAACUCAUGGCGUCAUUACCGUAUUAUCCCCUUGACCUACAUGCCGAUCAUGGUGACGUCAAACUCGCGCUGAUUGAGCGUGGUAAAAAAUUCCGGGAUUUCUGUACUGCUAAGGAAGGAUCACGAUUGUUCGAGUACACGGGUAAGACGAUCUUUGGGAAGAAAGGUUUCAGCGGUCUAGUACAGCCCGACGAGGACGAUAACGACAGUCGGUCGUUAGAUCCCUACUUAGGGCUUGAGCGGAGGAUGCUUAGGCGCUACCGUUCGAUGCAGGAUCCUACUCAGGCCGAAGCUAAUAAGUCUUCAUAUAUAAGCGGCAGAGUUGUGGUCGACUACCUGUCCUAUGUCCAAUAUGGGCCACCAAUCAUUCGCAACGGGUCAUUGAAUCCAAGUCUAGAUGAUUUGGGUUGCAUGUGCUCAGACUGUCAACAGAACGAAGGUUUGACUGCCAUGUAUAGAACUCAUUUUGACACAGCCGAGGCCCAAAUGCAGAAAACUUUGGAGGACGAACAGUAUAUGCUCUGCCCACCUCGCCUGCUCGGAUAUGUCCUCGGGGAGAAGCAAUGGGCGCAAUUGCAAGUAACCUUGAUGAAAGACAUCCCAGUUGAGGACCCAGGAAACCCUUGGAAAAAUCGGCUACAGGUUGCCGACGAAACCAAGAAUAUGUUAUUUAACCUUAUACAAAGCCACGUGUCAACCAUGAAGACAGAGACAACGCCAGAGGAAACGGGACUAGAAGUCAACGACAUCAUACCUGGAAAAGGGAAAGGUCUCGUCAUUCUCCUCUACGGACCACCGGGGGUCGGAAAAACGUCGACUGCGGAAACCAUUGCUAUUGCUACACGCAAGCCUCUGUUUUCCAUCAGCGUCGCUGAUGUUGGCACUCGAGCCCGACACGUCGAAUCUAAUCUGUCCAAGAUAUUCGCUCUUGCUGCUUCAUGGCAGGCUAUAUUGCUGAUUGACGAGGCUGAUGUUUUCCUGGAGAGCCGCGGACGUGGCAAUUCCACGUCGACGGACAGAAACGCUCUCGUUUCAGUGUUUCUUCGAGUCCUUGAAUAUUAUCAAGGUAUCAUGUUCUUGACAACAAACCAAAUCGCCCAGUUCGAUGUAGCCAUUCCAUCUCGGAUCCAUAUCGCCAUCCCGUAUGAGACCCUCGUACCGGCACAAAUGGAGAAAAUCUUCAGAGGUUUCCUUGAACCUCUAGUGAACAACAAUCUGGUUGACAACUUUGACGGCAUCAUGGAGUAUCUCAAGGAGCAUGUGUAUUACUUGAAAUUCGACGGUCGGCAAAUACGAAAUAUCGUCACUACAGCCCUGGGAUUAGCCCGCGCCGAGUCCCAGAAAGGUAGAGGAAAGCUUACUCAAAAGCAUUUAAGAGACGUCGUCACCAACGUAAGGAAAUUCCAAGCGGACUUUGCAGUACAAUACGAUCGAUACAUCACCAGCCAGGAAAAGUUGAUCAGGUAG